CUGGAAUACAAGAUGGCAGCCCCGGCGGGGAGGGAAAGGCGGAGGCGGUAUAGCAGCGAGCGGACAGGAGUCAGUGACUGGAGCUCGCCUCGGCCCCAGAGUGUUGUCACAGAGAUGGCCCGUGAUAAUCAUGGAAGUCCUCAGGAGGAGGUAGCCAUGGUCAGCCUGUCUCCAAGCACAUCACAUUCUCCUCGACCUCCCCGUCCACCUUCUGAUCUGCCAGAUGAGCUCGUGCAGGCUGGAUGGGAGAAGUGUUGGAGUAAAAGGGAAAGCCGUCCUUACUAUUUUAACCGCUUUACAAACCAGUCCCUUUGGGAAAUGCCUGUGCUUGGCCAGCAUGAUGUCAUUUCGGAUCCUCUGGGUCUCAAUGCAGCUCCAGUUACUCCAGAAGUGGCAACACCGGAAACUCCCAAGGAGAGCAGAAUGCAAAAAAGGAAGCUGUCUGAGGAGUUGUCGACAUGCGACACAGUUAAAAAGUUAAAGAUGGAGUCAACUCCUGUGACCCCAACAACAGCAGCACCAGCACAAGCACCAGCACCAGCACCAACACCAGCACCAGCAGUACCCAGUUCCACCAUCAUCCCUGGUGUAACUCUGGAGGAAAAGCAGCUCACAGCCCUGCUGAAGCCCACUGAUGUUUACUGGGAUUUGGAUAUUCAGAGCAAUGUAGUGGUAAAACGACCACCUACGUCACAUACUCUACCUCUCCCAUCACAGUCUUUGCCACCACAUCCUGAAGUGGAGCUUCUCCGAUCACAGCUUGUUCUAAAACUACGGCAGCACUACCGAGAGCUGUGCCAGCAGAGGGAGGGUAUUGAGCCACCUCGGGAGUCUUUUAAUCGUUGGCUACUAGAGAGGAAGGUUAUGGAUCAUGGCCCAGACCCAAUUCUGCCUAGUGAAUGUGAUCCUGCGGUGUCUCCAUCCAUGUUCCGAGAAAUAAUGAAUGACAUCCCUAUGAGAUUAUCUCGUAUUAAGCAUCGUGAAGAAGCAAAACGUCUGCUUUUUAAGUAUGCAGAGGCUGCCAAGCGAUUGAUUGAGUCCAGGAGUGCUUCUUCAGACAGUAGAAAGUUGGUGAAAUGGAAUGUGGAGGACACAUUUAGCUGGUUGAGGAGAGAUCAUCUUGCAACCAAGGAAGACUAUAUGGACCGACUGGAGCACCUGCGUAGGCAGUGUGGUCCCCAUAUGGCAGCUGUGGCAAGGGACUCCGUGGAAGGUAUAUGUAGCAAGAUUUACCACAUUUCUAGGGAAUACGUGAAGCGAAUCCGUGAAAAGCACUUGGAACUUCUUAGUGAGGCCAACAUACCAGAAUCAGGCCCUGCUGAAGAGCCUUCGGAAAAGAGGGUGUUCUGUCACCCUGUCCGGUUGUCAGUGCCGACAUUGCAACCCCAGGGAGGAGUGGAUGUGCGGGUGGAAGGCAGCACAGUGUGUGUGCGCUUCCGAGAAGAAUCUGUUAGAAUGAACCAGGGCUACUUUAGCAAGCUGUUUCAGCUCUAUCGCCUCAGCUGUACAGAUGAUCCUGCAUCAGACAAAUUCAUUUGCAGAAUGUGGUGUCUCCUGCGUAGAUAUCAGGUUAUGUUUGGCACAGCACAGUAUGAGGGCUCUGGUCUGCAAGGAGCACUCCCAGUCCACGUUUUCCAGGCUCUGCACAAACAUUUUGGGGUGACUUCUGAAUGCUUUGCAUCCCCUCUCAACUGUUAUUUCAAGCAGUACUGCUCCGCCUUCCCAGACACAGAUGGAUAUUUUGGAUCCAGAGGGCCUUUUCUGAGUUUCUUCCCGGUCAGUGGUUCCUUUGAAGCAAACCCGCCAUUUAGUGAGGAACUGAUGGAUGCCAUGGUCACACAUUUCGAGUACCUCCUGGAGAGUUCUGAUCAGCCUUUGUCCUUCAUCAUCUUCAUCCCAGAAUGGAGAGACCCUCCUACCCCAGCACUCACACGCAUGGAGAGCAGUCGCUUCAAGCGCCAUCAGAUGCUCCUCCCUGCAUUUCAGCACGAGUAUCGCAGUGGAUCUCAGCAUGUGUGCAAGAGGCACGAGCUGUAUUACAAAGCUGUGCACAACACUGCAGUCCUGUUUCUUCAAAAUGAGCCGGGCUUUCUGAAAUGGGCACCUACUGCAGACCGAGUCCAGGAGCUGGCUGCAGCAUACAAACACUCUGGGCGUUUAUCCAACUCCUCCGGGGGCAGCGAGAAGGAGUCCACACGAGAGGAGGGCACCAGCAAGGACAGUGCGUCUAAAGAUACAGACUGAGAGAAGGCAUUGCUUCUUUAAUGCGCUUCUUAAUGGGAGUGACAUGACUCACCCCAGUCUUACAGGGCAGAAUGUGGGCCUCCCUCAUAUUGUAGAGCUUAGUUCAAAUCUUCACCUGUUAUAUAGUGUGCAGCAUGAAGUUUUUUUUUGUAGUCCUGAAGGCCGGACAAUUUUCUUCACUUAAAUUAGCAGAGGAGACAAAAAUGCAUAGGUGUGGGAAUACAACAUGCCUGUGUUUUUCACUUCACUAAAGGACACACGACUGCAGGUUGUUGUGGUUUGACUGCUGCAUAUGGGUGAGAGAGCUCCAUCUGCUCAAUUGAGAUUUUUUGGGGAGGCAGUAAAUGUAUGUUUUAAGUUGUGUGUGAGGGUGCAUUGCUACCAGUGUAUGAAGUUGUGGGUGUUGAAACAUUUCCUCUCUGUUAAGGGGAGAUUGUUCAUGUAGCUUUCCAAUGUAUAUAAUUCUUUGUGUAUCUAUUCUAUGAAGUAUAUUUGAUGUUGUUUUCCUUUUGGGGGAGACAUAGGAAUUUGCAUGGUUUUCUUCUCCUUCCCUUGUGUGUGUGUGUCUCCGGUAUUGUGAUUGGUGCACGUUGUCUGUGCUAAUUAUUCCCUGUAAUUAAUUUAAUGUCUAACCAUUUUAUUACUUUUAUCAAAACAGUAAAAAGUCUAUUUUUGA